AUGGGCAAGAUCAAGAAGGUCACGCUGAAGUCCUCGGACAACCAGAUGUACGAGACCUCGAAGGAGGUCGCGGAGAGGUCGGCGAUGGUCACGGCGGUCCUCGAGGAGGUCGACGACGCCGAGCCCGUGGUCCCCAUCCAGAACGUCCGCGGCGACAUCCUCUCGCGCGUCAUCGAGUUUUGCAAGUACCACGUCGACGCCGAGGGUCCGGACGGGAAGAAGAAGUCCGAGGACGACGUGAAGCAGUGGGACCAGAACUUCAUCAAGGUGGAGCAGUCGGUGCUGUUCGAGCUGAUCCUGGCGGCCAACUACAUGAACAUCAAGGACCUGCUGGACCUGGGGUGCCAGACGGUGGCCGACAUGAUCAAGGGCAAGACGCCCGAGGAGAUCCGGAAGACGUUCGGCAUCAAGAACGACUUCACGCCGCAGGAGGAGGAGGAGGUCCGGCGAGAGAACCAGUGGUCGUUCGAGUGA